CACAUUAAUAAACAGGUUCGUGAUGAAAUUUGGGAUGGAGCCGAGCGUGCGGAUGUCCCGGAUGAAACCAACCCCUUAGCUAGAUCUAAACCCAUAUUAUGUAAUUUCGGUGUCUCCGAAAGCCCUAAAGCGUUUAUAAUUUUCUGUUUUACUUCCCCGAUGUUCAUUUAGGACCAAAAUGUUUUGGUAUUUCCUCAUUACUAUAUGAAAUUGUGCUCCAGUGGCAUUUCCCAGCCUACACACCCUGCUGAAAAAUCACUUCCUGUUCUUAGGGCACAGCGUCAGUAAAUGCACUGUUUUUUUAUUACGCAUGUUGUGCAUUUCCCCCAUAUGUUCUGGACCUUAAUUGCUCUUCAGUUAUUUUGACAUGACCGGACGCAAAUCUGGAAGAAGUUCGAUCUUAAAAGAAGAUAAUUUACACUAUAUAGGUAACUGAGUUCACACUGCUGCCAGCUGGACUUUCCUCUCUGACCUGCAGCACUCCUCGCGGCUGGCAUGGGGUUCGGAAAGGAGUUUUGGUGUCCUCAGGCCCACGGUGCAAUCAUGCGGCUCCAGGAUUCCGAACUACGGGUCAUGGAGACCAUGAAGAAAUGGAUGAGCCAGAGAGCCAAGAGCGAUAAGGAGUUUUCCGCGCAGUUACACCAGAUGUCGGUGCUGGUGGAGAAGCUGGAGGGCCCCCACCUUGGAGGGGGGGUGGACUACAUCAGCCAGUUUAACAAGACGUGGAAUUCUAUGGUGAGUCAGACAGAAAGCCUGAGUCGAAUCCUGCGGAAGCAUUCGGAAGAUCUCCUUGCAGGGCCGGUGAGCAAGCUGACCCUGCUCAUCCGCGACAAACAGCAGCUACGCAAGACCUACGGAGAGCAGUGGAGUCUCCUCAACCAGGAUCUGAACCGGGUAACGCAAACUGAGCUGGAGAAAGUGAAAACGAGCUACCGGCAGCUGGCAAGAGAUGCGGGACUGGCCAAGAGGAAGUACCAGGAUGCCGGCAAAGAUAAAGAGCGUGAGAAAGCCAAGGAGCGCUACAUGAAAGCCACCCUCAAGCUGCACGAGCUGCAUAAUGAGUAUGUGCUGGCGGUGGAGGCCGCCCAGGUCCACCACAAGCACCACUUUGGACAGGCCCAACCGGCCCUCCUGAGCGCUCUGCAGACCCUGCAGGAAGAGAUGGUGUUAGUCCUGAAGGAGAUCCUGCAGGAGUACUUGGACCUCACCAGCCUAGUCCAAGAGGAGGUGGCAGUGGUUCACCAGGAGAUGGCAAAUGCCUUGAACGCCGUCGAUCCUCACAGAGAGUAUGACAACUUCAUCCAGCAGAACAGGUCAGUGGCUGAGGUGCCACCCUGUGUGGAGUUUGACACCAGCCUGUUGGCUGAGACUGAGCUGCUGAUGCCUGGGCAGCUGGUGCUCAAUGAACUGACUCUGGAGAGCAUCCAGCACCAGCUGACGGCCGUGGAGGAGGAGCUGAUCAGCGUCACUGCCACCCUGGGAGCUCAGCAGGCCUCCGUGACCCAGCUGGAGUUGGACCUGCAGGCCGAACAGGAGGUCGCCAACAUCGGUCAGAGGGUGUACCAGUUCAGCAAGCGCAACGCCCUGGAGGACAGCCGGCAGAUGGUUGUGGGAUCCAUGGGCACACGAGCCUCCCUGGAGGCCCAGAGACUGCUGCUGGCCCAGAAGCUGCAGGCGCUGAGCUCACAGGAAGCCCCACCCAUAUUCCUGGACGAGGACAGCGCGUCCACCACCUCCAACGAGAGGGAGAAGGAGAGCUCCAAGAUGCUCAUCCUGGAAGGUCUGAAGAGCCACCUUUCUGGGAUGUUCAAGCCUAAGUACACCGUGCCCCCGCCUCUGCUGCUGGUGCCGGAGGUGGAGAAACCCCUGAGCCAGCAGGCCUGGUACCACGGGGCCAUCCCAAGGCUGGAGGUGCAGGAACUGCUCAAGGAGGAUGGGGACUAUCUGGUGCGGGAAAGCCAGGGCAAGCAGGAAUACGUUCUCUCGGUGCAUUGGGGAGGGCUGUGUCGCCACUUCAUCAUCCAGAGCGGUGAUAACAUGUAUCGGCUAGACGGAGAAGGAUUUUCCACCAUCCCGUUGCUGCUUAACCACCUCGUUACCUCACACCAGAAUGUCACCAAGAAGACUGACAUCAUUUUGAAGAGAGCCAUCGUUAAGGACAAGUGGGUCUUGGAUCACAAUGACAUCAUCCUCGGAGAGCACAUUGGCCGGGGAAACUUUGGGGAGGUACACAGCGGUCGCAUGCGCUCCAACAACACCCCGGUGGCUGUCAAGACCUGCAGAGAGACCCUGCCGUUGGAGAUGAAGAACAAGUUCCUUAUGGAGGCCAGGGUCCUGAAACAGUAUGACCACCCCAACAUCGUGAAGCUGAUUGGGGUGUGCACUCAGAAACACCCCAUCUACAUCGUCAUGGAGCUGGUCCAAGGGGGCGACCUCCUGUCCUUCCUACGGAAUGAGGCUAGCAGUCUGAAGGCCAAGAUGCUGAUCAAAAUGGUGGAGAACAUUGCAUCAGGGAUGGAGUACCUGGAGAGUAAGAAAUGCAUUCACAGGGACCUGGCGGCGAGGAACUGCCUGGUAGGGGACCAGAACACGGUGAAGAUCAGUGACUUUGGGAUGUCCCGCGAGGGCGAUGACGGCAUCUACUCAGCCACGGGGAGCAUGAAGCAGGUCCCGGUGAAGUGGACCGCGCCGGAAGCUCUGAAUUACGCACGCUACACCUCAGAGAGUGAUGUUUGGAGCUUCGGAAUCGUUUUGUGGGAGACCUUCACUCAUGGAUCUACUCCUUACCCAAACAUGACCAACCAGCAAACGAAAGAAGAGGUAGAGAAAGGAUACCGGAUGCCUAUUCCAGAUGGCUGUCCUCCUGAAGUCUACAUCCUCAUGUGUCAGUGCUGGCAGUACGACCCCAAGAAGCGGCCCUCGUUUCACACGCUGCGGGGAAACCUGAGCACCAUCCACCGCAGGGUCCGAUGAGUGUAGAAAUCCACACCGAGACAAAAAAAAACUGGACAUUUUAGUUAAUUAAGCACCAGUGGAGAACAUCCUGGUACCUUGAGCUGCUGCGACUCACCAGGUAAAUGUGCAAAGUGUAAUAAAUGGAGGGACCACUA